AUGGCAGCUAAGCCAAGUCUGCGGUAUCGUCGCCCUCGUUUUGUACUUCGUCAUCGUCAUCACAAGACUAAACAUGUCACAUUCGACCUCCCAGCACAAACCGAUAGCAGACCUCCACAGGACCGCAAUCAGCUAAUAUCAACUCAGUCAAGUAUCGACCAGAUGGACGAGGCGACACUAAGCAUGGCCUGCACCCUCGCAUAUCUCGACAGCGAUGCAGGUAUUCCAAAGUCUCUAUUGAUACGGGCAGGCCGUCCGCUCAGGAGGUGGGCUUUGGAUGGAGAGCCAGAGGAAAUCUCACCGAGAGAGACGGGGAUAAUGCCAGAACUAGUGGACACUCUAUGUAGUGCUGAGGGAUCCGAGAUUGUCACCAAACAGUUGAGGCUCUAUGGUUUUCUGGGUCUAGAUACUCGUUAUGGCGGUGGCGGCGACGAUAGUGAUCUGCUGAGGAUGGAUGCAGGCAUUCGUGCAAUGUGCAAACAGAAAAUUCUGGAUCCAAAUUACUGGAUGUUGCAGGCACUGCUACUUGUUUGCCAUGCUUUCCCCACAGAUGCUCAUUUGGACGUCGACUUCUACGAGUUAGGACUGUUCUAUAUUGUUCAGUUCCAACAUGUGAUUACUCGGCAUUAUGACAGGCUACGAGUAAUGGAUCUUCUGUCAAUAGAGACCCAGCAGAUCGUGGCCUAUGCUCUGAUUGCCAGUUCCCAUUUCUCGUCCACGACGUGGAAAUUGGAUGCUAUUGAGAGAGCAGGAAGUAUUGCUGCUGGGUUAGCAACACCGGACGAGUGCCUGGAUAUGAUGAUCCUCACUAGAAAGACUGACUUGUUCUAUCCUGACAGCAUGACUUUGCCAGAGAUCGAUUAUCAGUUUCCAAACCCCCAUAUCAAGAGCAAGAAACUCUAUGCUCUCUGCGGAGAGCUACUUUUAGCUCGUUCUACUUUGCAACUGCAACAAAGCAAUGAGAAUAUCAACACCGCGUUUUCGCUACUGCACCGUGUCCAGCCAGUUGAUCGAAAUCAUAUUUCAACACUGGAAGAGCUUAUUUUGCAAAAGAAAGCUAUCUGCUGGGGUCGAAUCCGGCGAUUCCAGGGCCGCUUUGAGGUCGCUCGUCAGGUUCUGGAAGAUCUAUAUAAUGCGAGACAGUACCCAGAAGGAGUAGUCUCUGUGGGCGCUUCUAGCUGCGAUUUAAUCUCCGAGUUGGCUGCCACGCACUGCGAGCUGGGGAAUCCCGUAGAAGCUGAAAUGCUGAUAUCGGCCAGGCUGGAAAGCAUUUUUGAUGGCCGUCCGAUGAGGGAAAGGACAGAAGAACAGGAGGAAGCUAUCUUGAGACUGAGACUUGCCCUGGCGGAAGCAGUGCUGCACCAGGCCGAAUACUGGAGAGCAGAGGAUAUCUAUCGGGACGUGGACCGACGCCUUUGCAUAACACAGGGGGCUCGUCGACCAGAGUCGAUUCGGAGCACAUGUCGUUUGAACAUAGGACUCGCACGAGUUCAACAUGUUCGCGGACAAUGGGUCUCUGCGCUGAAGCGUUGGGAACGAGCGUUACGCGUCUAUGAGAAAUAUCCGUUUGCACAAGAUUUCGGCACUGCGGUUGUCUGUGCGUCUGUCUCUUAUGUCAGGGGUAAGCUGGGUGAUGCGCAUGGCGCUGCACUGUAUGCCGACAAGGCGCGGAAGUUGUUGGAAGUUACUGGUUGUUGGUCUCAGUAUGCUGGCUUGGGCACGUGGCUUGAAGAAGUGCUGCUCUGA